ACAGUAAGAAGCAGCGUUUAUAGGGCGAGGCUGCUGCUGAGGGUCGUAGUGAACUUGCAGAUCCAAAGGGGAAAACCAGUUUGCUUUCCAAAGCAAGUUCAUGACAAUGGAGAUGACAGUCGAAGAGCAAGACGAAGACAACACAUUCAGCAAUUCUGACACUAAUGGUAAACGUCCUGCUGAGGACAUGGAUGAGGAGAAGGUCUUCAAACGGUCACGCAACACAGAUGAGAUGGUGGAACUGCGCAUGCUGCUUCAGAGCAAAAAUGCCGGAGCUGUUAUCGGAAAGGGAGGCAAGAACAUAAAAGCUUUGCGCACAGACUACAAUGCCAGUGUAUCAGUCCCAGACAGCAGUGGUCCAGAGCGGAUUCUCGGUGUGAACGCCAGUAUCGACACUAUUGGAGAUAUCCUGCUGAAAAUAAUACCAACACUGGAGGAGUACCAACAUUACAGCGGGACUGAUUUUGACUGUGAGCUUCGCCUGCUGAUCCAUCAGAGCUUGGCUGGAGGCAUCAUUGGAGUGAAAGGUGCCAAGAUAAAGGAACUGAGAGAGAACACCCAGACUACCAUCAAGUUGUUUCAGGAAUGCUGUCCACACUCCACUGACAGAGUUGUCUUAGUGGGGGGAAAGUCAGAACGGGUUGUUGAAUGUAUAAAGGUUAUCCUGGAGCUCAUUUCUGAGGCACCAAUAAAGGGUCGCACUCAGCCUUAUGACCCAAACUUCUACGAUGAGACAUACGACUAUGGUGGCUUCACCAUGGUGUUUGAGGACAGGGGUAGGAGACCCAUGGGUGGAUACCCCAUCCGUUUGCAUGGUGGUUUUGAGCGCAUGCCCCCUGUUCGUAGCAGCAGACCUUUGCCUCCUUCCAGAAGGGACUACGAUGACAUAAGCCCCCGCCGGCGUCCUCCGCCGCCGCCCACCAGAAGUGGACGAGUGGGGAGCCGUGCUCGAAAUCUGCCUCUUCCCCCACCGCCGCUGCCAAGAGGAGGUGGAGAUAGGUUUUCACAUGGCAGCUACCGCAGUAGUAUGGAUGACAGACCCAGUGACAGAAGAGUCCGUGGAGACCGUUACGACAGCAUGAGUGGAAGUGGAUAUGGUGGUAGAGGGUCAUACAGUGAUAUUGGGGGCCCGGUCAUCACAACACAAGUUACCAUCCCAAAAGAUCUGGCCGGCUCCAUCAUUGGUAAAGGAGGCCAGAGGAUCAAGCAGAUCCGCCACGAGUCCGGGGCCUCCAUCAAGAUUGAUGAGCCACUAGAGGGCUCUGAGGACCGCAUCAUCACCAUCACAGGGACACAGGACCAGAUCCAGAACGCCCAGUACUUACUGCAGAACAGCGUGAGGCAGUACUCUGGUCGGUUCUUUUAGGGAGAGGUGAAAGAAGAUGAAGCCGUGCUGCCAAACUGUUUGCACCCUCUGUUCAGAGCAACAUUCCUCUGCUUUGGGUAGAAGUGCCCCUUCCCUUUAAUGCCACAUGUUGCAUCACCUCUGUAUACGCGACAUAUUUUACUUAAAGUUCUUUAAAACAUGGACGGCUUGCGUUGGAUUUUUAGUUUCUGUCAUUGAUGUAAACCCAUUUGUGUGAUGAGUUUGGUGUUGUCUUGGUUUGCUACAGCAAGCAGAAUGUAACUUUUUUUUCCUGUAAAACAGAAAGUAGGUUUUAUGAUUAUAUAAUGUUUUCCAUUUGAAAUUUUUUUUUUUUUCAGACUUUCUAAACAAAGAUGUAUGGUUUUAGAAUGGUUAAAUUAAAGGGGGGUGGGGGGUGGGUAGUAAAAAUGUUCAAAGUUUUUUUGUUGUGAUGUGGAGCUGAUUGGAUUUGAGAGAGAUUUAAAGACAUUACAUUUUACAGUCGGAUUCGUACCAAGAAAACUGGUCGACUCCUUGUUAUCAUGGAAACAUGGCCUUAGCCUUACAGCAUUUUUAAUUUUUGACAGCAAACCCUAAAAGUCAGUUUCUGGCAUUGUGACCUGAUUACACUGAAAUUAAAAUUUAAAACCAUCAGCCAGCUUGUGAUGUACUCACACAAACAAUCGUAAACAAAUGAAAAUCAUCUGACAUGUAAUUAGAGUGCUGUUGUGAUGCUGGGACUGUUGCUGCACUUUGAUUUGUUUGUUUUUGUUUAAAGUAUUGCAUUUAUAGUAAUCAUACAUAAAAUCUAUUUUGCCAAAUGUUGUGCUUAAAGGUGGGAAAAGAAAUGUCCCAGUUUAUCAGAUUGAGACACAAAAUAUUGACUAGGUUUUUCUUUAAAAAAUAAUUUAUAGAGUGUGUAUAUAUUUGCAUACAAGUUGUUUGGUCAAUGGUUACUUUGGCCCCGACUGUGUAAACGUUUGGAAGAUGGAAAAAUGGACAAGAACCAAACUUACUAAUUUAUUUUAUCCUGAUAUGCCAAAUAUGACGAGACAUUUAAAAAAAAA